GCGCGGAGGUUUCUUCGUGGCUACGAGUUAUAGGCGUGUACUUGGGCGAUCGCGCUGUCUCGGCCUCGCCCCGCGCAAGACUCCCGAACAUCAUCGAAGGCCGACCUCGCUAUUUUCUCACUAGAGAUGUCGAAGCCGCCGAGCUCCUCUGGGAGCAUUGCAGAGAAGAAGCAUGACAUUGAUAUCAUUGAUUCUGCGUCGAGUCGGACGCCCGAGGGUGCUGCAGAAGUCGUGCAUCCUCCGUCCCUGACGCCUGAGCAGGAGGCGAAGUUAUGGCGCAAGGUUGACUGGCAUAUUCUACCCAUCCUCACCAUCAUGUAUCUGUGCUCUUUCCUGGACAGAGGGAACAUCGGUAAUGCAAAACUGCAAGGGCUUACGACUCAACUUGAUCUUACGGGCAAUAAGUAUAACAUCGCGCUAACUAUGUAUUUCAUCCCAUACUGUUUGUUCGAGUGCCCGGCUAACAUGGUCCUCAAGAAAUUGCGACCGUCCAGAUGGCUGCCAGGCAUAACAGUCGUUUGGGGCGUGAUUAUGACUCUGAUGGGUCUCGUGAAGACAUAUCCUCAACUAGUCGGUGUGCGCGUUUGUUUGGGAGUCGCGGAAGCCGGACUCUUCCCCGGUGUUGUAUGGUACAUGUCCAUCUGGUAUCCCCGCCAUAUGCUUCAAUUUCGAGUCGGCCUGUUUUACGGUGCGGCGACCGUCGCAGGCGCAUUUUCCGGCGUGCUUGCCUACGGCAUUUCGUUCAUGUCCGGUACUCGGGGGUUGCUUGGAUGGUCUUGGAUAUUUAUCCUGGAGGGCAUCGUCACCGUAGUUGUGGGAGGCAUAGCGUUUUUUGUCUUGGUCGAUUUCCCGGAUACGGCCAAGUUUCUGAGCGAGGACGAACGUGCAUAUCUAAUCUGGCGUAAAAAAUAUGACAACUCAACCGUCGGGGAAGAAGAACAAUCCGAGCUAAGACACCUCAAAGAGGUCUUCCUGGACUGGCAGGUUUGGAUGCAAAUCCUCGUCUACAUGUCAAUUGUUGCACCACUCUACGGAAUUUCGUUGUUCCUACCGUCUAUCAUCAACGGAUUUGGCUACGGUCCCGCAAUUAGUCAGCUCCUAACUGUGCCUCCCUAUAUUUGCGCAACAAUUGUGCUCAUAGUGUUCGCUGUAUGGUCUGAUCAUACGAAGAUGCGGUCGCCGUUUAUCCUAGCAGGCUUGUUGAUGUGCCUUGUUGGAUUCUCCAUCAAUAUCUCCGAUGCGACCAUAGGAGCGAAGUACUUCGGAACAUUUCUUUGCGUGUCCGGGUCGUACGCUGCAUUCCCUGGCAUUGUCACAUGGCUCGGUAAUAAUAUGGCAGGGCAGUACAAACGCGGAAUAGGAAUGGCUUUCCACAUUGGCAUCGGAAACUUCUCAGGUGCAAUAGCAAGUAACAUAUACCUGUCCCGGGAUGCACCGCGAUAUGUCAUGGGCCACGCACUGGAACUGAUGUUCGUCGGGAUCGGCUUGGUAGCUCUGCCCAUCACCGUUCUGAUAUACAAACGAAUCAACGCCAGACGAGACGCAUUUCAGAACGAGAUGGUUGAGAAGGGUAUUAGCUAUAGCCCUGAUGAGCUCCGGAAGAUGGGAGACCGAGCACCUGAUUUCCGGUACACGCUGUAGAGGUGGUAUUACCCUGUGUAGGUAGUAGUAGUUGCACUUGCCGAGCUUCUCAGUCGGUCCAAGUGUAAUUCUGCUCUCGGCACCAUGGGCCAUCGUGAGGCAUGCCAAUGUCGCUGGUAGAUGUCUCAGCGUAGGUACUCAGCGCCCAGCUUCUGUUUGGGGCAAAUGGUCUCAUCGAAUAUGCACUGUACUCGGGGCGCGGGCGGAAGACGCAUCGCUCCGAUUCACUCGUGUACUCGGUGCGACAUCGGUGUUAAACAGCUCAGUCAAGUCGUCGACAAGAACAGACUCGAUCCCGUGUACGCGUUGCCUGG